AUGUCGGAGCCAAGGUAUCACGAAGGCCUCGAGGUUUACUCAGACAGCGCAGCUCAUGCACCAGAGGUCAGUCCUCAUGGUGUCUAUAGCCAAGGCUCGAAGGAUCCAACAUCGGGUUAUGUUCAGGUCGUCGAGGCGCGAAAGGGUCCUUUUGGUUUAAGCAUGUUGAGCCUAUGUGCGAUUGUUGCUAUCGUCACUGCAGUGGUUGUCGGGGCUGGCGUUGGAGGAGGUCUUGGAUCAGCUCUAGCCAACUGUAAAAAUUCGCAAGUGUCUGAGACCCCAGCUGCAUCUGCGAUACAAACCUCCGCCUGUCCAACCCUCACGACAACUGCAAGCGACACCACCGAAACGACCGAGUCAAAGUUCUACGAGCCCAAACCAGCAGACCAAGUAACGAACCUCACACUCCCCGACGCAUGCUCCCAACCAAAUGGCAAAGACGACUAUACCACCAACACCGGCUACGUAUUCACAUACACCUGCGGGUUCGACUACCCAGGGAACGAUAUAGUGCCUAUACUGGCUUACACAGCAUUCGACUGUAUGCACGCCUGCGCAAUGUACACAGAGAUCAAUAGCGGGAAGGAAAAUGUGACGCAGUGUGAUAGUAUCGUAUUUAAUAGAGAGAUGGCGAAUAAUUAUGAGGUGAAGGGGGGAAAUUGUUGGUUGAAGACUGGGACGAGGGAUCUUUUUCCGGCGGCGGAUUUGAUACCGACGUUUUUGUAUGCGAAGAGGAAUUCGUGA